AUGAACCACCAAAUGGAGAAAAAGAGGAGGUUACCGCCGCCGCAGAAACCCAAGGAGUCUGCAAUCUUCCGACCCUUCAGAGCCUUGGGCAGUGUCUCCAAUGAGACACCCCUUGCCAUCGGAACUUUGGGUACUAGUUUCUACAUUGUCACCUCGGUGGGUAGAUCGUUCCAGAUUUACGAUGCUGCCACCUUGCAUUUACUCUUUGUAUCGCUGACACAGACGUCGGCAAGAAUUACUGCUCUUGCUGCUCAUUUCCAUUAUGUUUACGUUGGUUACGCCAACAAAAUCGGUAUCUUCAAAAGAGGUAGAUUGGAGAAAGAGGUCGAGGUUACCAUCAGCCCGGGCGCUGUCAUCUCGCAUCUUUUGGUAUUUGGUGAUUACUUGGUAGCUGCUUCAUCGGAUGGUGAUGUCAAUGUGUUCAAAAAACCCUCUGGCGGUGUCAUUGCUAGCGAACACUACACCACGCUCAGAUCCAUCAAUCCACAAUUUGAUGGCCAUAUUGUGGGCAUGGUGCACCCUCCAACCUAUCUCAAUAAAAUCGUCGUGGCCACGUCCAGUCGACUCUACAUCUUCAAUAUCCGUACCGCAAAAACCGUGUUCAAGACCGCUGAUGAUACCUUCGGUGAGAACCUCUCCAGCAUUGAAACGGCACCUGCGCUUGAUAUUGUUGCCGUGGGAUCCACCACUGGUAGUGUAUUCCUCUACAACUUAAGAAGUGGCAAACUCUUGGGUGAUAAAAUUGUGGCGUCGCCUGCCGAUGUUGCAGCGAAAGUGGUUUCCAUCUCGUUCAGAACCGAUGGUUCUCACCACCUUGUGGCUGGCUUGAAUUCCGGUGACCUCUUCUUUUAUGAUUUGUCACGUAAGGCCCGUGUACAUGUCUCCAGAGAGUGCCACGCUCAAAGUACUGGAGGAGUGGCCAACGCAAAGUUCCUUAAUGGUCAGCCUAUUGUGGUUACCAACGGUGGAGACAACCAGUUGAAGGAAUUGGUGUUUGACCCUCCCUUAUCCACCUCUAACACAACAGUUGUCACUCCUCCACGUCACUUGCGUUCCCGUGGUGGUCACUCUGCUCCUCCAGUAGCUAUUGUGUUCCCCAACGAAGAUAAGUCUCACUUUGUCUACUCGGCUUCGAAGGAUCAGUCCUUGUGGUGUUUCUCUCUCCGUAAGGAUGCACAGGCACAGGAAGUCUCUCAGAGACCACCCAAAAGCAAUUCUAAAGACAGGCAGGCUGGUAUUGUCGCCCUGAUGCGUGAGCGUGUUGCUGAAAUCACCUCCUUGUCCAUGUCUGUUGCGCGUGAGGGAGAAUGGGAGAACAUGCUUACAACCCACAAAGGUGAGAAAUUCGCCAGAACUUGGGACUCUAAGAACAAGCGCUUGGGAAGACAUCAGUUGCAUACAGUUGAUGGAGGUAUCGCUAAAACUUCAUGUGUGUCUCACUGUGGAAACUUCGGAUUGGUAGGCUCCUCGGAAGGUGGAAUUGCUGUUUACAACUUACAAUCGGGUUUGUUGAGACGUAAGUACAUGUUGCACAAAAAGACUGUCACCGGUGUGGCCAUCGACGGUAUGAAUAGAAAAAUGGUGAGUUGUGGCCUAGAUGGAAUUGUGGGCUUCUACAAUUUCCAUGACCUGAAAUAUCUCGGAAAGUUGCAACUUGAGGCUCCGAUCACAUCCAUGAUCUACCACAGGGGCUCGGACUUGGUGGCAUGUUCCUUGGACGACCUUAGCAUUGUUGUCAUUGAUGUUGUCACCCAACAGGUGGUGAGAAUCUUAUACGGACACACCAACAGAAUCACAGGUAUGGACUUUUCUCCUGAUGGACGCUGGGUGGUUAGCACUGCUCUUGACAGUACGUUGAGAACCUGGGACUUGCCUACCGGAGGAUGUAUUGACGGAAUUCGUCUUCCUAAUGUGGCCACAAACGUGAAGUUCUCACCCCUUGGAGAUUUCCUUGCCACGACCCAUGUGAGCGGAAACGGGAUUUCCUUGUGGACCAACCGUGCUCAGUUUCACCCAGUUUCCACCAGACAUGUGGAGGAAAGUGAAUUCUGCAAUACACUCUUGCCUAAUGUUUCUGGAGAGGGAGGUGCUUCAAUCAUCGACGGUGCUUUGGACAAACCUGAGCAAGUGCAGUUGGAAGCUGACCAAGUCUACAAGUCCGUUGACCAGAUCAGCAAGGAUCUCUUAACUUUGAAUGUUGGCCCUCGUUCCAGAUACCAAAGCAUCCUUCACGUGGACAUCAUCAAACAGAGAAACAAACCUAAGGAAGCUCCCAAAAAGCCUGAACAGGCUCCAUUCUUCUUAUCACUUGCUGGUGAGGUUGUCGGAGACCGUGCGGUAGUGGCUGAGAACGGUCUGGUGGAAAACAAGGCCAAUGGAAAUGGAGACAACGAGGAUUCCAAGCUUCUCAAAUUGAAGGGUGAUGGUAGCCAGCACAAUUUUGAGUCAGACUUUACUCGCUUACUUCGUGAGGGAAACACUUCACAUGACUACUCAGGAUUCUUGAGUUACUUGCUUACUGCCUCGCCAGCCACCAUCGACUUGGAGAUCCGCUCGUUGAAUUCGUUCCCUCCUUUGAGCGAAAUGACGUCGUUUGUGGAGGCUAUGACACGCGGCUUGGAAUCUAACACUAACUAUGAUAUCUACCAGGCAAUUUUCGGCUUGUUUUUGAAGCAGCAUGGCGAUGUGGUCUAUGCGCACCCUAAUGAAACAGAGUUGGUGGAUGCGUUGGACAAGUGGGGCCAGGUCAACGAAAAGCAAGGACAAAAGCUCGACGAACUUGUAAAAUACUGUUCGGGUGUGGCCACCUUCCUUUCUACAGUCUAG